UUCGGAUCUCUUCGCGUGCACGGACAAUACGAAAUGCAGGUGGUCACAUUUUAAAUUCCGAAGAUUCCGAAAAAUCUCCAGCUCAAGUAGCUUGACGCAAAAGUGAUAGGGAAAUAUAUUUGGUAUUAACAAUGAGUGCAGGUCAGUUCGACGAUGCGUUGGAGGACACAACUGAGUCGUUGAAUAUCAUCAAUCUCAAAAAGACAGUUCCAUCUGAGGGGAUUCCUGGAGAAAACCCAGUUCCGAUCCCUUCUACAGAAGUUGCCAUAGCUGAUGCUAUCUUCGGUAACUCGCGAUACCGAGCGAAAGAGCAGUAUUCUGAGGACGAUGAAGAUUACAGCGGAAGCGAUGAUGAGUACUACGGCUUCGAUGUGGACAAUGUGCGAAAGAAUCAGGCGGCAAACAUGCAGCAAUCGCAUAGCAAUGUUCAAAGUUCCAGCCAGAAAGUAUCCAACUUCCAACCUGCCGAUGCCUUAUUUAAGAAAUUUACGAACAAAAUAAACGUAGAAAAGUAUGAAGGACCAAUGGCACUUCCUAAUCAUGCUAAAAAUACGUUGAUAGAAACCCAACGGAAGGCGGACAGUGAUCGACUUCGAAGUAAAGAUAAACAGGACCGGGCCACGGCGGAGCAGGUCAUGGAUCCGAGAACUAGAAUGAUUCUCUUCAAGCUGCUGAAUCGCGACAUGAUUUGCGAGAUAAAUGGAUGUAUCUCGACGGGCAAGGAAGCGAAUGUUUACCAUGCCACCGCGAAAACUGGAAUGGACUACGCCAUCAAAAUUUUCAAAACUUCAAUUUUGAUCUUCAAAGACCGCGACAAGUACGUAACGGGUGAGUUUCGUUUUCGACACGGUUACAGUAAACAUAAUCCCCGAAAGAUGGUACGGACAUGGGCCGAGAAAGAGAUGCGGAAUCUUGUACGCAUGAAAAAGUGUGACCUGCCCGUGCCGGAACCGAUUCUGCUCCGCAGUCAUGUUCUCGUGAUGGAAUUCAUUGGGAAAGAUGGAUGGCCAGCACCAAAGCUCAAGGAUGUUGAAUUGAGUGGAUCGAAAGCACGUGAAUUAUACCGCGAUGCAGUUGAAAUGAUGUGGGCGAUGUACAGUAAAUGUAAGCUGGUGCAUGCCGAUUUGUCCGAGUUCAAUCUUCUCUACCAUGAUGGAAAAAUUGUCAUCAUAGACGUGUCGCAGUCCGUAGAACAUGAACAUCCCCAUGCUCUGGAAUUUCUGCGUAAAGAUUGUAACAAUAUAACGGAUUUUUUCCGGAAAAAGGACGUGUCCACUAUGACGGUAAAGGAACUGUUUGACUUCAUUACCGAUCCUACCAUUACGGAAGAAAAUAUGGAAGACUGUUUGGAAAAAAUGUCGGAAAAGAUCGCCAACCGUAGUUUUGAUGAGUUCACAGAACAGGAAAAACUUGAAGAAGCCGUUUUCAAGCAAAUAUUCAUUCCCAAAACGUUACACGACGUGUACGACAUCGAAAGGGAUAUCUUCGGAAAGAAGAACAAAGAUGAUUUGGUUUAUAAAACGAUUACGGGUUUGGAUGCAAACUUAAAGGUGGCUGAAAAUCCUAAAAUUCUACAAGAGCAAAGCAGUGAAGAUCGUCCAUGUGAAGGUGACCCAGCCCAGGAUGAGGAUAGCGAAAGCAGUAAUUCAGCAGAUGACGGUGAAAAUGACGGAGAGUCUAAACAAUCCGGAGCCGUUCGAGACAAAAACGAAACAGCAGAGGAACGCAAAGCCCGCAAAAAAGCCGUUAAAGACGAGCAAGCCGAAAAACGUAAAACAAAAGUUAAAAAGCACAUAAAGAAACGAAAAGAGAAGAUGGGGGCUAAAAAGUGAAACAAAAUCACGGUGUAUAGUAGUGAUAUUUUCCAAUUAAAAACAGUUUAUUCCUGCAUAAGUACGGAAACUAGCUAGUUUUAAAUGUUGUCAUCCUUGUAUUUGGUUCGAUAAGUUUCUCAGGAAAGAAACUUCCUUUGAAAAAAUGUUGUAUAAAAUUACAAUUAUUCAUUUUCACCCGUGGA